CCACCAUAAACACCAGAAGGAAAAGAACAGGCCCAGGCCUGUGGAUGCUAUCCUACUCGUGACGUUAUCUGCACACUUCUGUUAAUACUUUCGAUUCAGAGCAUUUUCGCGUCAAACAAGUGAUAUUAAAAAAUAAGGCUAGAAUUGGAAUCUGAUUCAGCUGUUUAGGGAAAUUAAGAUGCCGGUUCGUGUGUCAAACGGAUGUAAGUCCAUGUAACGGGUCAGCUGUCAACGGUCAGAACGGUUAACGUGAUCUUCUGUCAGACACUCAGCAGACUCGUACGCACCUGUAUUUAAAAUCUGCAUGGGAACCGAUGAUACUUUCUGUUAUCGGUUUGCAAAGUAAUUUUUGUUAGCAGCGAAGAUCCAGACGCGCAGUGUAACAACCACAAAAUGUUGUCGUGUCAAGCUAGCCCAUCAAAUGCAGCUUGCUGCAGAUUUCCAUACCGGAUCAAAUGCAUGCGGUAGUCUACAGGUGGUUAUUCCUCCGAUUUUGGUUGAGGAGAUCGUACUGAAUCUUCCUGCAAAGGAUGUGGUACUGAUCUGUCGGUUGGUGUGUCGUGACUGGAAGGAGCUGGUGGACAGUGCCGCACACUGGAGAGCGCGCUGUCGGAGAGAGCGGUUCGAGCUCCGCGAUGCGUCCAGACCACCAAACGACUGGCGCCAAUUUUACUUUCUGUCAAAGAAACGACGUAACCUGCUCAAAAAUCCCAGAGCUGAAGAGAAGUUAAAUCGAUGGAAGCUGGUUGAGAAUGGUGGAGAUGGCUGGAAAAUAGAAGAGAAUUUUAAAUCACUUCCAAAUGACACAAAUGACAUAUGUUUUGCCACCUCUUAUGGGAUGUGUCUUAAGGAACAGCUGAUUGAUUUGAAAAAAGAAGGCUACAGUCCUGCAUUUAUGGAUCACUUGCAACCUGGCAUUAAAAUAUCAGACUGGUAUGCCCCACGCUGGGAUUGUGGAAGUUUUUACCGGAUCCGCGUAGAGCUGCUUGAUCAGAAGAAGAAACCCAUCAGAACAUUUGAGCCUGACCCAGUUUAUUUUGAGCAGUGGAAUGAUCAAGAGUGGUGUCAAAUGACACAUGUCUUCGAACUUUAUGGACCUGGAGUUCGGUUUAUUCGUUUUACUCAUGGAGGGCAGGAUACAAAGUUCUGGGCUGGCUGGUAUGGAAUACGGGUUAUUAACAGCAGUGUAGAGAUCUGUCCAGCUGCAGAGAGAUGAUUUUUCUAUUCUCACUGCUAUAAAAUAGUCUGGUGUAAAAACACCUUAAAUAUAUAUAUUUAUAUAUACCUUCAAUCAAAUACUUAAUGGUGUUACAUUUUGUCAUCUAAGAACAUGAAGUACUAAUCAAAAUCAUAUUUUUUGCGUUCUCAGCGUGUAACCUUGUUAAUGACAGAUUUGUUUGUACAAAAUAGCGCAACGUACCUCUGUAUAAACUGCUUGUAUUUUAUAUGUCAUAAUAAAGAAUUUCCUGAAACUACAA